AUGUCAGCUAGUUUACUAAGUCAAGUUCAGCUUCAAAUGAUUCGUAUUGGAUUACCCAUUUGUGUUAGUAUUGGUAAUCUUGGUUGUAUUCUCGGUCUUUUUGUAUUUCUUCAAAAAUCUAUGAGAAAUAAUCCAUGUAUUAUUUGUCUUAUCGGAUAUAUGAUAACAAAUCUUAUUUAUAUUGAUUUUACCGUUCUUUCAACUGUAUUUAGUGGUUACGGAAUGGAUAUUUCAAUAAAAUCAAAUCUUCUUUGUUGUAUUCGAAUGUAUAUGAGUUAUGUUUUCUCAGCUAUUCCAUCCUAUUUUCUUGUUAUAGCUUCGAUGGAUCGAAUGUUUGUAUCAUCAUCUAAUAUAAAUAUUCGUCAACGAAGUAAUAAACGUUUUGCAUUAUUUAUCGUAAUAGUAAUUAUUCUCUUUUGGAUUCUAUUUCAUUUACAUGCAUUUUUCUUUUCUGAAAUUCAACUUAUUUAUGGUGUACGACUUAGUUGUGCGAUUCGUUCAGGUAGUCCUGCUAGUUUUAUUGCUUAUUAUGGUGUUGUAAAUGCAAUUAUACCAAUAACAUUAAUGACAGGAUUUGGAAUUCAAACAUUAAUAAACAUCAAACGAGUUCGUAUAAAUCGUGUACGCUCACGUGAACAUCGUCUCAUUCCUCUACUCAUACUUCAAAUAAGUAUAUAUAUUUUUCUUCGCUUACCAACGUCUCUUUACCUCGUUUAUGCACAAAUUACAAAUUCAAAUAUAAAAUCGUCUAAUCAAAUAUUAAUUGAACAGUUUGUAUAUUUUAUUGUGAUAUUUUGUCAAUUUACUCAAGUGAGCAUAUCUCCAUUAAUGAAUUUAAUAUCAAAUAGUUUUCGAAAAGAAUUUCAACUUGCUUUAAAGAAAAUGGUUCGUAGACGACGACGAAGAAAUGAAAUCGGUGCAUUUUGUAAUCAAACAAAAAAUGUUAAUACAAUUCAUAAACCUGAAAUAACAGCACGUUUUAAUAAUAACGCCAAUCAUGUUACACCUUUAGGAUGA